AUGGACACAUCACCGGAAGUGGAGAGUAUGGGGCGUAAGAUGCAACGAAGUGAAACCGCCGGAGGCAGCGGCGAAGUAUCGCCGAGAGCGGUGGUGGGCGAUGAGUGGAGGUAUUGGGAGGGGUUGAACCAUGAGGUGUUGGCCCUCAUCUUCACGAGGAUCCCAGCCGAUGAGCUGGCGCGGACAGUGCCUCUCGUCUGCCGCGGGUGGCGGGAGGCGGUGCUGGGACCUUACUGCUGGUCAGAUAUCGACAUUGAGGAAUGGUGCCGACGGGUUGACCGCCCCGAUGUCAUCGACUUCGCCGUGAGGAAGCUUGUCCGCCGGAGCCGCAACACGCUCCGACGACUCUGCGCCUACCGCAUUGGAAACUGGGGAUUCUCACUCACCGCCUAUUUUGGGAAUCACCUCAGAGUAUUGCAAAUUCCAAUGAGUGAGAUUAAUGAUCUCACCAUACAAAAAUCUUCUGGAACCCUAACAGCUCUAGCUGUUUUGGACAUCAGCUACUGCAAAAAUAUCACUUCCAAAGGAAUCCUCACAUUGGGAAAGAAUUGCACAUCUCUUGUUAAUUUGCGAAGAAACAUGACUCCUCCUGAGUACGAAUCAACCCAAGAUAAUGGUGUGGCAGCCAAAAUCAAUGAAGAUGAGGCUUUAGCUAUCGCAAACACCAUGGAAGGGAUUGAGCAGCUCGAGCUAGCCUUUGGGCGCUUUAGUGACCAUGGCUUAGAUGCUAUUCUAAGCAACUGCAGAGCUUUAUCCUCUCUUGACAUAAAUGGGUGCUGGAAUGUGAAGCUUGAUGGUGGUGUUGGCAUGAAGUGUGAUGCCCUAAAGUUCUUCAAAGAUCCUUUUUAUGAUAGUUAUGAACUUUAUCCAUCAAGCUGUGAGGAUGAUUGUGAUGAUGAUGACUUAGACGAGGAGGCUGAUUAA